CGGAACACUUCUGAAGUGCGCUCUGCCCUGCUGUGCUAGUGGGGACUUUAACCUCAGACGAUUCCCUUGGCAAAUGUUUUAUUUUGUCUUUUGUCUUACACACAUUCCUGCGAUGAGCAGCUAAGUUUCACAGUAAGAGCUGGUUGAACCAGAAACGGUACUGCCUAUAUCCGAAAAAAGAAUCUGAGCGCAGAAGCAACCAGAGUGGAAAUUUACUGCUGCUUUCCACUGCAAGCUAUCGAUUAUGUGCAAAUAGUGCAGGGGAUGCCGGCCAGUCAGCAGACAGAGAAGGAAGCUGCUUUUCUGCUCUAUUACUAGGCAAACAAGAAAUAGAGUUAACAACACAACACAAUCGCACAACCGGGGAUAUGUAAUCUGUCUGCCUUGCCUUUAUUUAUCGGAGCGCUUUCUGGAACAACAUUGGCCGGACGAUUUCUCAGAAAUCAUCACAUUAGCAUUCCAGUAAGAUGAAAAAGAUGCCUCUGUUCAGUAAAUCACACAAGAAUCCUGCAGAGAUUGUGAAAACCCUGAAGGAUAAUAUGGCCUUGUUAGAGAAGCAGGAUAAGAAGACCGAAAAGGCCUCUGAAGAGGUGUCCAAAUCCCUCCAAGCCACAAAGGAAAUUUUGUGCGGUACAGGAGACAAGGAGCCUCAGACUGAGACUGUGGCUCAGCUAGCACAGGAGCUCUACAACAGUGGCUUGUUAGUGACAUUAAUAGCCAGCCUGCACCUCAUAGACUUUGAGGGUAAAAAGGACGUUUCCCAGAUAUUCAACAACAUCUUAAGAAGACAGAUUGGCACUCGAAGCCCAACUGUGGAAUAUAUCAGUUCCCACCAACAUAUACUCUUUAUACUACUUAAAGGGUAUGAGUCUCCUCAAGUGGCAUUGCAUUGUGGGAUAAUGCUGCGAGAAUGCGUCCGUCAUGAGCCGCUUGCCAAAACUGUCCUUUACUCUGAGCAGUUUGAGGACUUCUUUAAAUAUGUGGAAAUGUCAACAUUCGACAUAGCUUCCGAUGCCUUUGCUACAUUUAAGGAUUUGCUUACAAGACACAAGUUGAUGGUGGCUGAAUUCCUAGAACAGAAUUAUGACAGGAUAUUUAAUGAUUAUGAAAAGCUUCUACACUCCGAGAACUACGUGACAAAAAGACAGUCAUUGAAGCUGCUGGGUGAGCUGAUCUUGGAUCGACACAACUUCUCCAUAAUGACAAAGUACAUCAGCAAACCAGAGAAUCUGAAGCUCAUGAUGAAUCUACUGCGAGAUAAGAGCCCCAACAUUCAGUUUGAAGCUUUCCAUGUCUUUAAGGUAUUUGUAGCAAAUCCAAACAAAACACAGCCAAUUGUGGAUAUCCUGCUGAAAAACCAGACAAAGCUAAUCGAGUUCCUGAGCAGCUUCCAGAAGGAGAGGACGGAUGAUGAACAGUUUUCCGAUGAAAAAAACUACCUGAUCAAACAGAUACGAGACUUGAAAAAGCCCAAUCCGUGAACAUGUCUCCAACUUCUACCAGCCAUCAUCAGAAUAAGUGUUUUAAGGAGUUUUCAUGGCAUCGUCGGUGCCUAUGUUUUUGUUUCAAUUUAGUUUAUUAGCUGCCAAGAGUAUACAGUUUUAUAUUAAAACUUUAAAAAAAAUGUUCUUCUUAAUCAGGUUUGUGAGGAGGUGAAAUUUACAAACAUGGAAAGUUGGGCCGUCGUUGCUGAUGAUGAUGUGGAGUCAAUAUCUUGUCAAUAAGUCUAUACUUUUUGCUUUAGCCUUUUCAAUGUACAGUUCGAGAACAUGUAGGGAGAUGUCAGGUAACAUUCCAUGAUCAGCUUUGGUUCAGAGAAAUGGAUUAUGCUACAGCAACCAAGAAACCAGCUGAGAUGUUUAGCACUUUUUUAAAAUCCCCAAUGGAGCCUUUACUGGAAGGAAUACAAUUUAAUAAGUGUGACAUACGGUUCUCCUAUU